CUCUCUCUCUCUCUCUCUCUCUGGAGUCUUUGAAUUUUUGGGCUAGUAAGUCCAAUUAUCUGGAUCUUAGCUCCUACCCAAUAGUACUCCAACAACUGCAUUGACCACUUACCAAUUGUUACAAAGAUUUUGUUGUGGUUUUAAUUUCGUUACCUCUGCGUUUGGUUUGUGAAGAUAUAGUGGUUUUAUUGAAAGUUUCAAUUUGUUGUGUUUUUCUUGCCAUUUGAAACCAAGGAAAAUUGGAGGGUUAGGUUUUCUUUUCCGUAAUUUGUAUGACUCUGAUUGCAGCUCGUUUCGGUGAAUCUUGGGCUUUUUGAGAGCAGUUUGGGAAUUGAAGAGCAAUGGCUAUAGUUGCAUCUGCUCCUGGAAAGGUCUUGAUGACUGGGGGAUAUCUUGUUUUGGAGAGACCCAAUGCGGGGGUGGUACUCAGUACGAAUGCUCGCUUCUACGCCAUUGUGAAACCACUUUACGAGGAGCUUAAACCCGACAGCUGGGCAUGGGGAUGGACAGAUGUGAAAUUAACUUCUCCUCAGAUGUCAAGAGAAACUUCUUACAAAAUGUCGCUAAAGCAUUUAACGCUUCAAUGUGUUUCUUCGAGUGAAUCAAGGAAUCCCUUUGUAGAAUACGCAGUGCAAUAUAGUGUAGCAGCAGCCGAUGCCACAUUUGACAAGAGUAAGAAGGAUUGGUUACACAAAUGUCUUUUGCAAGGUCUUGACGUUACUAUCUUAGGUUGCAAUGACUUCUAUUCAUAUCGGAAUCAGAUUGAAGCAAGAGGACUCCCUUUGACACCAGAAUCAUUAGCUUCUCUUCCACAAUUUACUUCAAUUAGUUUUAACAUUGAAGAUGCGAAUGGAGGAAAUCGCAAGCCUGAAGUUGCAAAAACUGGAUUAGGAUCAUCUGCAGCUAUGACAACUGCUGUGGUCGCUGCUUUACUUCAGUACUUUGGAGUAGUUAAUCUGCCCUCCUUGUCUAAAGAUCAAUACCAAGAAAUGGAGACUACUAUGGAUCUUGAUGUGGUGCAUGUCAUAGCUCAAACUGCUCAUUGUAUAGCACAAGGGAAAGUUGGCAGUGGAUUUGAUGUUAGUUCUGCAGUUUAUGGGAGUCAACGAUAUGUCCGCUUUUCACCUGAAGUGCUUUCUUCUGCUCAGGAUGCAGUUCAUGGUAAAGAAUUAGAGGAAGUCAUUGGGGAUGUCAUGAAUGGAAAAUGGGACCAUCAGAGGAGUAAAUUUUCAUUGCCACCAUUGAUGAAUCUUUUACUCGGAGAACCCGGAACUGGAGGAUCAUCCACAGUAUCAAUGGUGGGUGCUGUCAAGAAGUGGCAAAAGUCUCAACCUCAGAACGCCCUGGAAAUGUGGAGAAAGUUGUCAGAAGCAAAUUCAGCACUUGAAAUGCACCUCAAUAGUUUAAGCACAGUGGCUAAAGAACAUUGGGAUUUGUAUAAAUCUAUUAUCUUCAACUGCAGCAUGCACAGAUCAGAAAAGUGGAUGGAGCAAACCAGCAACCCAAGGGAAGAAGAAGUUGUCAAAGCGUUGUUCGGGGCAAGAGACGCUAUGCUUGAGAUCAGGCAUCUCAUGCGUUUGAUGGGUGAGGCUGCAGGGAUACCGAUAGAACCUGAAUCACAAACUCAGCUUUUGGAUGCUACUAUGAAUAUGGAAGGAGUUCUAUUGGCCGGUGUUCCCGGAGCCGGUGGUUUUGAUGCUGUUUUUGCUGUCACCUUAGGUAAUUCAAGCAGCGAAGUCAGCAAAGCAUGGAGUUCACUUAAUGUUUUGGCCUUGCUUGUGAGAGAAGAUCCUCGUGGUGUUUCUUUGGAAAGCAGUGAUCCGCAGACCAAGGAAGUUACAUCAGCCAUUUCUUCAGUACAGAUCAAAUAAGGUGAUCCUCUUGUGUACGUUGAUUUAUAGUUAAAAAAGUGUCAUUUUGAGUUUAGGUGGCCACUGUAAUCUUAUAGAAGUAAAUUUGGAGGACCUGUUUGAUAGGGGUAACAAUACAAGUCCAUUUUAGUACUUGUAAGUUUCAUUGACUAUGUACAAGGUAGAGGUAAUGAGUAUGAGUUUAGCGAAAAUGUAUUCUGGGAUACCCAAAUGCUUCUUAAAAUGUAUUCUGGGAUACCCAAAUGCUUCUUUGUAUUUCCUCCUGUUAAGUCCUUAGAUUGGACUAACUACAUUGAAAGUGAGAAACCCCAAUAGAUUUGAAUGCUGAUUUUGUCCGGAAA